AGUGGUUUCUUUCUGGCUAACCUAGUGAGAGAGUGAGAACGGAACAUGCAUCUAGAGAACAAAGAUGGUGGGCUGACCUCUGGUGUGCUGGAGAUGGAGCUACAUCAGACAUCUUCUCCCAUGUGUGCUGGCCUGGGAAGGCCAGAACUGACAGGACCUGUCACCAGCAACUGCAGGCUACAGCAGGGAGUCAACAAAGCAGACCCCUCAACCCCCUACCCCAGCAGGGCAGCUGGGCAGAGCUGCUGGGCGUCUGUGGACCGAGAUUUUGAUUCGUUCCUCACAGAGCAGAGGUCUCACUCUUCUUUACCUCAGUUCUUCAACUCCAGGUCAAAAGACCUCUGCUUUACAGAAAACACUCCUUUGCUGAGAAAUUCCUCACAAGAUAAAGGGUCAUGGUGCAUGCCUAUUUGCCAUCCAGAGUUCAUCACUGCUGAAGAAUCUUGGGGCAAGAGCUCAGCUGAGUGGGAGGCAGGAUCCCUGUUGAGCAAAGACUUGGCUGGUUCCUCUGGAUCUGCCUCCCAAGAGAAGGGGGAGCAUCUGGACAGCGCUCAUAUCAGGUUCCGUCUUUUGAAGCUGAGGCGCUGUGUACGGUGGCUGAAAGUCGCAAGCCUGUUUAUCUUUGUGGUGGUGUGCUCUAUUUUAUUCAGCCUGUAUCCAGAUCAAGGAAAGUUCUGGCAGUUGUUGGCUGUGUCACCCCUGCAAAGCUACUCUUCGAAUCUCACCAGCCACAUGGACUCCACACUGCUCCAGGUGGAUCUGGCAGGGGCCCUGGUGGCCGGUGGCCCAAGUCAUACCGGGAGAGAAGAACAUGUCAUGGUGGAGGUGACCCAGGCUGACGUUCCAGGCUCCAGGCGGCGGCGGCCACAGCAGGUCACUCAGAAUUGGACAGUAUUUUUAAAUCCGAGAAGAAGUGAGCACUUGGUGGUGAGCAGGACCUUUGAGAUACUGAGCAGAGAUACUGUUUCUAUCAGCAUUCGAGCCUCCCUCCAGCAGACACAGGCAGUUCCUCUUUUGAUGGCUCAUCAGUACCUCCGUGCAAGCAUAGAAGCACAAGUGACCAUUGCUGUGGUCAUCCUUGCUGGGGUCUACAUGCUGAUUAUAUUUGAGAUUGUUCACAGAACCCUGGCAGCCAUGUUGGGUUCCCUUGUGGCAUUAGCAGCGCUGGCUGUGAUUGGAGAUAGACCCAGCCUGACCCAUGUGGUGGAGUGGAUUGAUUUUGAGACUUUGGCCCUGCUAUUUGGCAUGAUGAUCUUAGUAGCCAUAUUUUCAGAAACUGGAUUUUUUGAUUAUUGUGCUGUAAAGACGUACCAACUGUCUAGGGGAAGAGUGUGGGCCAUGAUCAUCAUGUUGUGUCUCCUUGCUGCUGUCCUGUCUGCCUUCCUGGACAAUGUCACCACAUUGCUGCUUUUUACUCCUGUGACCAUAAGGUUAUGUGAGGUGCUCAACCUUGAUCCAAGACAAGUCCUGAUUGCAGAAGUGAUCUUCACAAAUAUUGGAGGAGCUGCCACUGCCAUUGGGGACCCACCAAAUGUCAUUAUUGUUUCCAACCAGGAGUUGAGGAAGAUGGGCCUGGACUUCGCAGGAUUUACUGCACACAUGUUCAUUGGGAUUUGCUUCAUUCUCCUGUUCUCCUUUCCACUCUUCAGACUCCUCUUCUGGAACAAAAAGCUUUAUAACAAGGAACCCAGUGAGAUUGUUGAACUGAAGCAUGAGAUCCACGUCUGGCGCCUGACCGCGCAGCGCAUCAGCCCAGCCAGCCGAGAGGAGACAGCAGUUCGGGGCCUGCUCCUGGGGAAGGUGCGGGCACUGGAGCAUCUGCUGGCCCGAAGGCUGCACACCUUCCACAGACAAAUCUCACAGGAAGAUAAAAACUGGGAGACCAAUAUCCAGGAACUACAAAAAAAGCACAGGAUAUCAGACAAGAUUCUGCUCACCAAAUGCCUGAUGGUGUUGGGAUUUGUUAUCUUCAUGUUCUUUCUCAAUUCGUUUGUUCCUGGUGUUCAUCUUGAUCUCGGGUGGAUUGCUAUUCUGGGUGCUAUCUGGUUGCUAAUUUUAGCUGAUAUUCAUGAUUUUGAGAUAAUUCUACACCGAGUGGAAUGGGCAACUCUUCUAUUCUUUGCAGCACUCUUUGUUCUGAUGGAGGCACUGGCACAUCUCCACUUAAUAGAAUAUGUUGGAGAGCAGACUGCUUUGCUAAUAAAGAUGGUCCCAGAGGAUCAGCGCCUCACAACUGCCAUCAUCCUGGUGGUCUGGGUUUCAGCCAUUGCAUCAUCCUUGAUUGACAACAUCCCAUUCACCGCAACAAUGAUUCCUGUGCUCCUGAACCUCAGCCAAGACCCCGAGGUCAGCCUGCCUGCACCACCACUCAUGUAUGCCCUGGCCCUUGGUGCCUGCCUGGGAGGCAAUGGGACACUGAUUGGAGCAUCAGCAAAUGUUGUUUGUGCAGGAAUUGCAGAGCAGCAUGGAUAUGGAUUCUCUUUCAUGGAAUUUUUCAGAUUGGGCUUCCCAAUGAUGGUCGUCUCCUGCACAGUUGGGAUGUGUUACCUCCUUGUUGCUCAUGUCGUGAUGGGAUGGAAUUAAUAGUCAUACAUCAUUUGAAGACUAAAGGAAACUUGACCCAUCACCAACAUCAGUAGAAAACUACCCCAAGACCACUCUUGGGACAAGAAAAGGUGCUUAUCAUGGGGGUGCUCUGGAAUGGAGAAUUUUGGCAUCCAUACUCAUUCAGGUGAAUGCUGGAAACUCAUGGGAAAUACAAAUAACUUACUAAAGAUUCCACUACAGGAAAAUAUGUAUAUUUCCAAACACAUCUUGCUAUGCUCUGCAAGAAAAGACACAAUGCAGUAUUCUACCCAAAUGGCUUGUGCUAUUUAACUGUCACUUUCCUGAGGCCUUCUAGAGUUUUUUCAUGUAAUCACUUUCCAUGUUAAAAUAAUCAGCAUUCAAAUUGUAUACUCUCCAAAUACAUAUUCUUCCUUGGAAAAGGAAGACAAUUUGUAAGGAAACAUUUUAUGUCUUAAAAAAAAAUAAACCGUAUCUUGACAAAAGGUUUAGAAUUUGUUAGUCUCUUAAUUUUUUAGUAGUUUACAUUGUGUAAAAUUGCAUUUUAUCCAUUUAUGUUUUUCUCUGGAGUUUUUAAGUCAUCAAUUACAAGUGCAGGGGGCGCCUAGGUGGCUCAGUCAGUUAAGCGUCUGCCUUCGGCUCAGGUCAUGAUCUCAGGGUCCUGGGAUCUAGCCCUGCAUUGGGCUCUCUACUCAGGAGGGAGUCUGCUUCUCCCUCUCCCUCUGCCCCUCCCUCCGCUUGUGCUCUCUCUCUCAAAUAAAGAAAAUCUUUAAUUUUCUUGCAAGGGCAGAAAUUUGACUUGUAAGAAGGUCAUAAGUGCUUUUUAAAUAGUAUUUUACAUAUUUAACAGCCUAGAAUAAUAAUCUUCAGUUUAGAAGGUGGUACAUGCUAUUUCCAUCAAUUAUACAAAAGUGUG